UCAUUUCACCCCAUGUCCUUCGUGUUCAAUACGUUGAACAAAGAGCGCCAUCAGCAAGCAUGGCAAUGAACGAACUUCUCACAAUCGUCACUCUAUGGUUGAUCGUCCCAGGGCUGCAUUCACAGAUGGAUGAUAUUAACAGGUGCGUGUAUGAAGUGAACGAACGUGAUUUAGUUGCCAACUGUUCUAGCGGAAACCUCACUGCAGUCCCCCAAGGAUUUGUUAAAAAUGUGACUGUCAUUGAUUUGACAAUGAAUAAAAUAACAAGCAUCGGAAAGAUGUCCUUUCCUUACCGUCUGAAGGUACACACGCUCAGUCUGCAUCAGAAUCUGCUUACUCAUCUUGAUGAAGGUUCUCUGAAGAAUUUACCAGAACUUUCGAAACUUGACCUUGGAAGAAACAGGAUUAACUUCACAUUGUUACCAACAGGUCUCUUCAGAGGUCUUCCACUAAAACGCCUUUUAAUGAGUAACAUGAGUGGUAUACUCAAUGCGGAAUACCCAGAGGAUACAUUUCUUGAUCUCCAUCAACUGCAAGAGCUCUCCAUUGACGCUCCUCCAAACCCAACAUUUGGUGUCGGAUUUCUCAAUAUGACAAAUUUACAAACUUUAACCAUUAGCUUUUGUGAAAAGGAAAGCUUAAAUACAAGUGCAUUUGAAGUUUUCCAAAAGUUUAACCUUUCAGCAUUUCAGAUAAAUGCAUGUGAUAAAGGGCAGGUAGAUGAAAAUAUUACUGAUAUAUUUCCCAAUUUAGAUAUCUUAGACAUUAGGGACACGGUCGGCACCGAUCUACCCAAGCGAUUGAUGAGUUUAAAGAAUUAUGAAAACUCAUCCAUGCAACGAGUUUCAUUCAUAAAAAACGUGGGGGGAGAUAAGGAUCCUACUGAACAAUGUAACAUGUUAACAAAAAAUGUGACACGUUAUCUUAUCACAAUGUGUGUUUCAGAAGUGUAUCUUAUUGGUAACAAAAUACGAAUCAUUGACAGAGGUACUUUGAUUCAACCACCAUUUUCCGAAUGCCUUCGCUUUUUAGAUCUCAGUCACAACAUGAUCCUCGAUGAGUAUGGGAUACUUGAAACGCUUUACUUUUAUCCAAAUUUGGUCUUAUUUCACUUUGAACAAUUUUUGGAAGAUCUCAAACAGGCUUAUCAUGAAGUGUUCCAUUUCUAUGAUGCAAGUUCAAUAUUUCAAGACAAAAUUGAGACUGUAUGGCCACCACAAAACCCCGAAACAUGUCUCUUCACUGUGGGUGCUGAAAAACGAGACAAUGAAGUUAUUCCACCAAAUGAAAGUAGUAAAAGAGGGAUUUAUAUUUUGCUAUUUCCUCGAAACCUAACCUCGCUUUAUUUUGCACCAGCAUUAAAACCUUUUGCUAAUAUCGAACAUAAUCUGGGUUUUUUUGGCACUGAAAAAUGGUCAAAAGUGCGUUUUUCCAACUGUUCGGUACGUGCAAAAAAUGUCAAGUUCUUUGGACUGGAGAACCUUCAAAGUUUGGAAAUUUCUGGCAACGGAUUUACAGAACUACCAACAACAUUCAUGAAAUCCUUCCCCAAUAUUCAAAAUCUGUCAUUGAACCAUAUCACACACGGAUUUAGGAAAAUAAGUGAAAACAUAGACUCCGUAUUGGGACACUUGGAACACCUUGAAAAUCUGCAGCUUUUAGGUAAUGGUCUUUCCGAUUUGCCCAGAAAUGUAGAGAACUUAACAAAUAUCAAACUAAUAGAUGUCUCGUAUAACUCAAUAAAGGAACUGAGUGUGGAAACAAGAACCAGACUAGACGCUAUGGCUCAGAAGAAAAACGUAUGGGUUAAUCUUCGUGGUAAUGUUCUCUCGUGUGGAUGUGAUUCUCUUGAAUUUAUUCUGUGGUCAAUGGACUCAAAGGUAAAUUUCGCUGACGAUAAACAUUACACGUGUCGAAAUGAUAAUGGGACUAUAAUCCAUGUAACAGAUAUUGCACAUUCAUUCAUGAAAAUUUGGAGAGAGUGCAUUUCUUUGUUCUCACUUUUGUUUUCAAUUUGCCUCGUUUUCCUAUUCCUCUUAGGAGUUUCUCUAAGUCUUCAUAUUGCAAGAAAUAUCAAUUUGAUAAAACGAUGGAGUGUCAGAUGGUUAGGCUUGGACUUCCAGCGACAUUUUAAGUAUGAUGUAUUUGUGUACUACUCAUCCAAGGAAGACCCUCAGUGGGUGUGUAGCACCUUGAGACAGAAGCUGGAAGAUGAAAGGGAGCUUCGUCUCUGCAUUCCAGAAAGAGAUUUCGAUCCAGGAGUCUACACCUGUGAGGAGGUUCUCGGUGCCAUAAAUCAAAGCUGGAAGACUAUUAUCUAUCUGACCCAGACCUUCCUGGAGGACGAGCUAUGCUCCUUCAGGCUUUCAUCUGCUAUUUAUGUCGGUGAGAACCUGACGUCUGAUAGAUUCAUCAUACUGUACUCGGAUGCAGUGUUCCGUCACCCACUUCCUUCUAUCAUUAACCAACUUCUGGACAAAGACAAUAGGUUUCCUAUAGAGAGGUUCCAUGAGAGUUCAUUAUGGGAUCAGCUUCACAGCAGGAUCUUGUGUAAGGAUUGACAGUUACAUUGGCGUUUCUGUUUCCGAAAUGCAAGUAUCAAUACACGAUGUCAGUUAGAAAGACCCGAAGAAUGAAUCUUCAGUAACCCAUGCUUGUCACAAGAGGCGCCUAACGGGAUCGGGUGGUGAGACUCGCUUACUUGGUUGACACAUGUCAUCGUAUUCCAGUUGUGUAGAUCGAUGCUUUUGCUGUUGAUCACCGGAUUGUCUGGUUCAGACUAUUAUUAACAGCCCGCUACCAUAUUGCUGGAAUAUUGCUGAGUGCGACGUUUAACAACCAGCAUCCUUCCAUCCGAGACAGUACCCUUUGUAUGGCGUGAGUGUAUUAUAGAUGUAUAACAUAAAUAACGUAACGCAAAGAAAUAAUUUUUGUACAGUAUUUUCUCUUUCGUAAAUUAUCCUCCGGUAAAUUUGAUUUGUUUUAUGUAUUAACUUUUUGUUUGUUGCUUUUUAGGGACCCAUUGCUUUAGCUUUGACGAUCCAUGAUCCUGUGAUCUAGUGCGUCUGCAUAUGCACUGUAUAUAUGUAACUUACGUACGUUCUAAUAAAAUU